AUGAGGAUCCUGAACAAGAACCUUCGCUUUCAGGACGUCACCAUCAUGUACUUCACUGCCCUGGCCACUCUAGUGGUCAUCCUGGUGGCUUCGUACCAGGCACCUGCCACCGCCAUCGACCUUUCCAACCCUUCCUCAAAAUCCUCCAGCCCGCUCCCUUAUCUUCCCAUGCCUUUCCGUGUGCCCCUUGACCCACGUGGGGAGCUCCAGCUGGCAUGGAACAUCAGCUACGCCAACCAGGAGAUUUUCAUCGAGCUCAAGGUUGCAGAAAUCAGACACGGUGUGGUUCUGGGAAUGUCCGACCGCGGGGAGCUGACCAACGCUGAUCUGGUGGUGCUGUGGGACAAUGGAACCAAGAGCUAUUUUGGGGAUGCGUGGAGUGACAGUGAGGGCCGUGUGUCAUUGGACAGCCAACAGGACUACCAGUUGAUUGAGGCUAAACAGACACCUGAGGGCUUUUACCUGCUCUUCAAAAGACCGUUCAGUACCUGUGAUCCCAGAGACUACAUCAUAGAGGAGGGCACUGUGCAUGUCAUCUAUGGAUUGCUGGAUCGACCAAUCACCUCGCUGGAGCAGCUGAACCUGUCCCGAAUCCAGACAGGGGUGCAGAGAGUGUUGAUGCUGCGCCCUGAUGCUCCGUCAGCCUCCCUGCCCCCAGAUGUACAGAUACUGGAGGUCCUGGCACCAGAUGUCAUCAUACCAAGCCAAGAGACAACCUACUGGUGCUUCAUCCAGCAGCUGCCUGAGAACAUGCCCAAGAACCAUAUUGUUAUGUAUGAGUCAGUGGUAACGGCAGGUAACGAGGCCAUCGUGCACCACAUGGAAGUGUUUGAGUGUUCUCCGGAUAUCAGCAACGUUCCACAGUACAGCGGCUCCUGUGAUGACAAGAUGAAACCCGGCAAGCUGAACUACUGCCGCCAUGUGCUGGCUGCAUGGGCCAUGGGUGCUGAGGCAUUUUACUACCCACCUGAUGCAGGGUUGCCUAUGGGUGGACCAGACUCCUCACGGUUCCUUCGACUGGAGGUCCAUUACCACAACCCCCUCCUUCUGUCUGGCCGGCGUGACUCCUCAGGGAUACGCUUGUAUUACACACCCAGUCUGAGGCGCUACGAUGCAGGGAUCAUGGAGCUCGGCCUCGUCUAUACUCCAAUUAUGGCCGUCCCACCGAAACAGCCCAACUUCUACCUUACAGGGUACUGCACCUCCAAGUGCACCCAAACCGCCUUGCCUCCAAAAGGCAUUUUUAUCUUUGCAUCCCAGCUGCACACCCACCUGGCAGGACGAGGGGUAAGGACGGUUCUGGUGAGAGAAGGCAGAGAGGUGGAGGUCGUGCAGGAGGACCCGCACUUCAGCACACACUACCAGACGAUCCGAAUCCUGCACAAAAUGGUGAAUGUAUUACCUGGUGACGUCCUCAUAACCAAGUGUACCUAUGACACAGAAGAUAGGAACAAACCCACAGUGGGGGGGUUUGGUAUCAUGGAGGAGAUGUGUGUGAACUACAUACACUACUACCCGCGCACUCAACUGGAGCUGUGCAAGAGCCAUGUAGACAUAGGAUACCUGCAGAAGUACUUCAGCUUCAUUAACAGGUUUCAGGGAAGUGACCAGUGUGUGUGUGGUGAGGUGAGUGUGACGGAGCAGUACUCUCAGCUCCAGUGGGACUCAUUCACCGCAGAGGUCCUGGACUCGCUCUACAAUACAGCGCCCAUCUCCAUGCACUGCAACCAGUCAACUGCACGCCUCUUUCCUGGAGAGUGGGACAAACAGCCUCUGCCGGUGGUCACCUCCGUUCUCCAAAGACCCCGUUACCCCUGUGAGGGAGGUCAACUCCCCGUUAGCCAGCCCAUGAACCCCUCCCUCACCCUGGUCCAGCCUGAGCCAGGAGUCUGACCCCAAACCCAAACCAAGAGAGAACAUCGACAACCCAGGACGAUUUUAGGAAACUUGUUUGAACUUGUUUGAAGAAAAUCACCUUUGUCAAAUCUGUGCUGGGGGGUUGAUUUUUCCUCCUAUGUAGCUUUCUAGUAUUAUUAUAUGCAUAUUUAAACAUCCAAACUAUGUCUUGCUAUUAGUACAUUAAAGUGAAUGAUAUUCCUAUUCAUAGGGUAAUAUUUUUAAGCAGUCAAGAUAGGAAUUAUUGUUGACAGUAAGAGAACAGAUGUGCAGGCAUG